AUGACCUUACACUUUGUGAGUGCAAAGUGCAUACCAAAGGACGUUGAAGCGUUUGUUAUUUCAUCCCUGUUGCUGAAAAUUCGUCAACAGCCCACGACCGAUUUUGCCCUUCUUGGGGCUCAUCAGCCGCAGUCCCCGAGUUUCCGUCAACUUAUGGAUUUAGCAACGUUGUGGAAUAUAUAUGGCUCAGGUACUCUACUUGAUUGUCGGUCUCUUCACCCAGCUCUGCAGCUGAACUGCAAACGUUUCAUCACUAAUCGAGGUGAUAUCGUCCACGCGGCGUUGAAGAUGUCACCUAGAUGGGCGAUGAAACGUUUGCAAUGCCACUGCCAAGCUCAGCGAACAGACCGAAAACCAAACCAAUGA